UUGCUGCCUUGUGGAGCGACCCUGGGCAGGUCACAUACCUCUGGAAGUCAGGGUGCACUGAGGGAGAACAGUGGGGUGGAGACGGUGUCGGGGAGGAGUCAGGAAGGUGAACCCUAAGGCUGAGAUGACCCGGUCCCCUCCCAUCCCCAUGUCCCAGCAACCCAGAACACAGCAGGGGUUGGUGCCCAGGUUUGAGGAAGUUCAGCUAGGAGAACAAAAUGAAUGAACGGAAUGAGCCGGUAAGAAGAUGGAGGGAGUGGGGUGGGGGCGAGGCCAGGGGAAGUCUUGAUUGGCAGCUGGGAGGCCGCUCUGCCCCCUGUGGCUCAGCCUGCGCUUCGCUUAGAGCCUGCACCCACACAGCCGCUUCCUGGAGCUCUGGGACGCACUUUGGUGUCUGAGAUGCCGCCACCCCAGAAGAAACGCUGGGAGUCCAUGGCCAAGGGGCUGCUCCUGGGCGCGCUCUUCACCAGCUUCUUGCUGCUGCUCUACUCCUACGCCGUGCCCCCACUGCACGCAGGCAUGACCUCCGCCAGGCUGCAGGAGGACACAGCACCCUGUUUGCCACCCCCAGAGGAGUCAGAGCCAGCACCCACCAGCAAUGGCUCCGCGGCGUGCCAGCCUCGCCGCAACAUCGUGUUCAUGAAGACGCACAAGACGGCCAGCAGCACGCUGCUCAACAUCCUGUUUCGCUUUGGCCAGAAGCACGGGCUCAAGUUCGCCUUCCCCAAUGGCCGCAACGACUUCGACUACCCGGCCUUCUUCGCGCGCAGCCUGGUGCAGGACUACCGGCCCGGCGCCUGCUUCAACAUCAUAUGCAACCACAUGCGUUUCCACUACGACGAGGUGCGGGGCCUCGUGCCGCCCAAUGCCACCUUCAUCACGGUGCUGCGCGACCCCGCGCGCCUCUUCGAGUCCUCCUUCCACUACUUCGGGCCGGUGGUGCCCUUGACCUGGAAACUGACGAGCGACGACAAGCUGGCCGAGUUCCUGCAAGACCCCGAACGCUACUACGACCCCAACGGCUACAACGCGCACUACCUCCGCAACCUGCUCUUCUUCGACCUGGGUUAUGACAGCGGCCUGGACCCGAGCAGCCCGCAGGUGCAGGAGUACAUCCUAGAGGUGGAGCGCCGCUUCCACCUGGUGCUGCUGCAGGAAUAUUUCGACGAGUCGCUCGUGCUGCUCAAGGACCUGUUGUGCUGGGAACUGGAGGACGUUGUCUACUUCAAGCUCAACGCCCGCCGCGACUCAGCCGUGCCCCGGCUCUCGGGUGACUUGUACCGCCGCGCCACGGCCUGGAACAUGCUGGACGCGCUCCUCUACCGCCAUUUCAACGCCAGCUUCUGGCGCCGGGUGGAGGCCUUCGGGCGCGAGCGUAUGGCCCGCGAGGUGGCCGCCCUGCGCUGCGCCAACGAGCGGAUGCGCCGCAUUUGCAUCGACGGGGGUCAGCCCGUGGAUGCGGCCGCCAUCCAGGACGAGGCCAUGCAGCCCUGGCAGCCCCUGGGUGCCAAGUCCAUCCUAGGUUACAACCUCAAAAAGAGCAUCGGGCAGCGGCACGCGCAGCUCUGCCGGCGCAUGCUCACGCCCGAGAUCCAGUACCUGAUGGACCUUGGGGUCAACCUGUGGAUCACGAGGCUCUGGAAGCUCAUUCGGGACUUUUUGCGGUGGUGACAUCCCUACCGCGCCCCGUUCCCACUCCCCCGUUCCCCACUCCUCCACCACCCCAUCCCCACC